AGAGAGAAAACUGAGGCACAGAGCAGAAUUCCAUAGCAAAUACAUGACAGCGUUAUGAAGAUGAUUUCUGAAAAGGGAGCGUGUGGGGGAGUAAAGGAUGUUACUUCACGAGAGGAGCCACACUUUAGACAUGGAGGCUGUUCAAACCCUGCACUCUAACCCUGCUAUUGCAAUCACAUGGUCGGGAAUGCUACUUGGCAUCAAUUUAGAGGAGAUGUGGAAUCGUGUGCAAAAAAUGAAACCCACUGGUGAUAAUCUCAGGAACCCACAGUAUUGCUCUGCUGAAGAUUUUUGCUACCAGCAGCUACUUUAAUGUGCUUUUUACUUAUUGUAUGUGAUUUUUGCCCUUUUUUUUAAAUGCAACUUCUCACUAACUGUUUUAUGUGCAUAUCACAAAGAUAAUCUUUCUUUGUCCAACACUGAGUUACACAGAACAGCAAUUAGAACCUGUGCUCAUAAGGCAGAGCUGCAGAUCUUGGAGCACGUUGCACACUGGCCGGUGGUUGCCAUCGGUGGGGCUGCCUUUGCCUCACGGGUGCUAGAAGCACGGAGCAAAGUGCACGCAAACCAGCAUGCUUAACACGGGAAUUAACCGUGCUACUGCGAUUAUUGCCCGGUGUCAGACAUGCGAAUUUCGACCUCUUUAUAGGGCUCUUCCAAACUCCUCCCGGGUUUACAACGUGCGGCCUGUGCUGACCCCUCACGCUCCCUCCCCCGCCCAAGAGUCCGGUGUAAGCAGAACCGCUCAACUUUUCGGGCACGGCCCGGUAGGUCUCAGCCGGUAUCCACGCAGGGAAUCCCCACCCAGCAGGAAUCCCCCCACGCCCCUUUGCUUCCCCCUCCCUACCCCGGGGGGCUCCGCGCUGCCCCGCGCCUGCGUACCGCGCACUCGUGACCUAGCACCGGCACGGCGGGGCCGGCGUCCAGCCUUGCACCGGUACCGCUCCGCCGCCACCCCUUCUCCCCAGACACCCCCCUUCCCACCUCCGGUCCUCCCCAGUCGCUGUCUACGUUCCGGGCUCGGCGACGCUUGCGCCCCCGCUCCACCCGCAGAGCCUGAAAAUGGUGCCUUAGGACUUUGCAAAGCGCAUCGCCGCCGCCCCCCUCUCCUUCCCUCCCCCUCCGCCUCCCCCCACCCCCCCCCAAAAAAAAGUGCUGGUGCAAAAUUGCAAAACUUUAGCGAGACCUGGCUGGGUUUGGUUUUCGUCCUCCCCAUGUGGGUCAAAAAUGCAGGACAGGAACUGUUGACAAUUAAGUGAUGAAACUCCCCCAAAAAAUGGAGGCAGAGAAAGACUCUGGAAGAAGAUUGCGGUCCAUCGGCAGAAGGCGAUACGCGGAGAGCGAGGACCUCUCGGACGUGGAGGAAAUUGUCAGCAUCAGGAGUUUCAAUUUGGAAGAGAAAUUAAAGAGUAAAACGUACCACGGGGAUUUUGUCCAUGCUAUGGACGGAAAAGAUUUUACUUUCGAGUAUGUGCAAAGAGAAGCUCUCAGAGUUCCCCUUAUCUUCAGAAAUAAGGAUGGACUGGGAAUUAAAAUGCCUGACCCGGAUUUCACCGUCAGAGACGUGAAGCUAUUAGUGGGAAGCCGACGCAUAGUGGAUGUGAUGGAUGUGGACACUCAGAAAGGGGUUGAAAUGAGCAUGUCUCAAUUUGUGAGGUACUACGAAACCCCAGAGGCCCAGCGUGAAAAGCUCUACAAUGUCAUCAGCCUGGAGUUCAGUCACACAAAGCUGGAGAACAUCGUCAAGCGCCCCAAUGUGGUGGACUUAGUCGACUGGGUGGACAAUAUGUGGCCACAGCAUCUGAAGGCGAGACAGACGGAUGCUACCAAUGCUCUUUCGGAGAUGAAAUACCCCAAAGUGAAAAAGUACUGUUUGAUGAGUGUGAAAGGAUGCUUCACUGAUUUUCAUAUUGAUUUUGGUGGCACUUCGGUGUGGUAUCACGUUUUUCGUGGGGGGAAGAUCUUCUGGCUGAUUCCGCCUACUCUGCAGAAUCUAGAACUUUAUGAAGAAUGGGUUCUCUCAGGAAAGCAAAGUGAUAUCUUUCUGGGAGACAGGGUGGAACGAUGCCAAAGAAUUGAGCUGAAACAAGGCUACACGUUCUUCAUUCCUUCAGGGUGGAUACAUGCGGUUUAUACUCCAGUAGAUUCUCUGGUGUUUGGUGGAAAUAUCCUGCAUAGCUUUAAUGUUCCCAUGCAGCUUCGCAUCUAUGAAAUUGAGGACAGAACAAGGGUGCAUGCCAAAUUCCGUUAUCCUUUCUACUAUGAAAUGUGCUGGUAUGUUCUGGAGAGAUACGUGUCCUGUGUGACCCAGCGCUGCCACCUCAGCAAAGAGUACCAGAAAGAAUCAAUGUUAAUUGAUGCAAAAAGACAACGCAGCACAGACAGCUAUUCAUCAGAUUCGUGGUUAGACAUGGAUGAAGAAUCUUGUGAUGCCCAUAUCCAGGAGGAGAAGGAUGACAGUGUGGACAAGAACUCCAAAUCCUUGGUGGAUGGCUCCUCCUCACCCAACAGCACACACUCGGAAGGGAAGGAGGGUGCAGGAAGAAAACAAAAAGCCACAGUAAUGAGAUACCUAAAAAGAACUUUGUCUAAUGAGUCAGAUGACAGUGUAAAAUCAACGACCCCCACGGACUAUCCCAAAACACCAACGGGGUCUCCAGCUACAGAAGUUUCAACCAAAUGGACUCACCUCACAGAAUUUGAACUGAAGGGUUUAAAAGCCCUAGUGGAAAAGCUUGAAUCUCUCCCAGAGAACAAGAAGUGUGUUCCAGAAGGCAUCGAAGAUCCCCAGGCUCUCCUUGAGGACAUGAAGAACAUACUGAAGGAACAUGCUGAUGAUGACCAAAAUCUUGCCAUUUCGGGUGUCCCUGUGGUCAGCUGGCCCAAGAAGACCACAAAGAACAGGGCAGUGGGGCGGCCCAAAGGGAAGCUGGGCACUGCUUCUGCAGUGAAGCUCGCAGCUAAUCGGACAACUGCUGGAGCCCGCCGGAGGAGGACGCGAUGCCGCAAGUGCGAGGCCUGCCUGCGGACGGAGUGCGGCGAGUGUCACUUCUGCAAAGACAUGAAGAAGUUUGGGGGACCCGGCAGGAUGAAACAGUCCUGCAUCAUGAGGCAGUGUAUCGCACCAGUGUUGCCUCAUACUGCUGUGUGUCUGGUGUGUGGAGAAGCUGGGAAAGAAGACACCGUGGAAGAGGAGGAGAGCAAGUUUAAUCUCAUGCUAAUGGAAUGCUCCAUUUGUAAUGAAAUCAUACACCCAGGAUGCCUUAAGGUGAAGGAAUCAGAUGGUGUGGUGAACGAUGAGCUGCCGAACUGCUGGGAGUGUCCAAAGUGCAACCACGCAGGGAAAACUGGAAAAGCGUACAAGCAAAAGCGCGGACCAGGAUUCAAAUACGCAUCAAAUCUCCCGGGCUCGCUGCUGAAGGAACAGAAAAUUAAUAGAGACAACAAGGAAGUAACAGAUGCUGCAAAAAGGAAAGGGGAUUGUGAGGAAACUCCCAGGAGGAAAUCAGAGGAACAUUCCAAAAAGACUCAAGUUGACUCAAUACUGAGGAGAAAAUCAGACGAAGUGCAUCUGUGGAGGAAAAGGAAAUUCGAGAAACCCCCAGAACCCACCAUGAGAAAGCGGCUAAAACUUGGAAAAGAAGACAAACUCUUCAGGAAGAAGCGGCGAUCGUGGAAGGCUCCGGAUGACCGAACUGCCAUGAUCAAACCCCUGCGGCGCCUGAAGCAGGAGCCAGAGGAUGACCUGCCAGAAGCACCCCCCAGGUCCAAGGAUAGCGACCAGUCGCGGUCCAGCUCGCCCACUGCAGGUCCCAGCACGGAGGGUGCCGAGCCCAGGGACAAGAAGAAGUUCAAGAUGAGGAGGAAAAGGCGGCUUCCCAAUAAAGAACUGAGCAAAGAGCUCAGCAAGGAGCUUAACCAGGAGAUCCAAAAAACCGAGAACAGCCUUGCCAAUGAGAAUCACCAGCCCAUCAAGUCUGAACCUGAGAGCGAGAACGAGGAACCCAAGCGAGCUCUGAACAACAGUGAGAGACUCCAUAGGUUCAGCAAAGGGUUGAACGGGACUCCCCGGGAGCUGAGGCAUCAGCUCAUCCCCAGCCUGCGGAGCACCCCGCGGGGAAUCGCGCGGCCGCCGCCCUCGCUGUCUCCUCCCAAAUGCAUUCAGAUGGAGCGGCAUGUCAUCCGGCCUCCUCCCAUCAGCCCCCCUCCGGACUCGCUCCCCCUGGAUGACGGGGCAGCCCACGUGAUGCAGAGGGAAGUCUGGAUGGCUGUCUUUAGCUACCUCAGUCAUAGGGACUUGUGCAUCUGUAUGAGAGUUUGCAAGACCUGGAACAGAUGGUGCUGUGACAAAAGAUUAUGGACCAAAAUAGAUUUAAACCAUUGUAAAUCCAUCACUCCACUUAUGCUUAGUGGCAUUAUUAGGAGACAGCCUGUAACCCUUGACCUUAGCUGGACAAAUAUAUCUAAAAAGCAGCUGAGUUGGCUUAUCAACAGACUGCCAGGUCUUCGAGACCUGCUGUUAUCAGGGUGCUCAUGGAUAGCAGUGUCGGCACUUUGUAGUUCCAGUUGUCCAUUACUCCGAACUCUGGAUGUGCAGUGGGCAGAAGGACUGAAAGACGCACAAAUGAGAGACCUCUUGUCACCACCCACAGAUAACAGACCAGGUCAGAUCGACAACCGGAGCAAGCUACGGAACAUUGUGGAGCUGCGCCUGGCUGGCCUGGAUAUCACCGAUGCGUCUUUGCGGCUGAUCAUAAGGCACAUGCCUCUGCUCUCCAAACUCAAUCUCAGUUACUGUAACCACGUCACAGAUCAGUCUAUUAACCUGCUGACCGCGGUCGGAACCACCACGCGGGAUUCCUUAACAGAAAUUAAUUUAUCAGACUGCAAUAAGGUUACUGACCAGUGCCUGUCUUACUUCAAACGUUGUGGAAACAUCUGCCAGAUCGACCUGAGGUACUGCAAGCAAGUGACAAAGGAAGGCUGCGAGCAGUUCAUCGCAGAGAUGUCAGUAAGUGUUCAGUUUGGGCAAGUGGAAGAAAAACUUCUGCAAAAACUGAGUUAGUUAAGGGACACCUGUAAAUACUGGGGGGGGGGGGGGGAAGGGACUGAGAACAUGUAGGGAUUUUAUUUUCGGUUGGGAACUUGGAAUAUUGGAAAAUACCACGAUUGGAUUUUACAACUCUUGUCAAGGAGAGAACAACACGAAACUACCCAUGUUAAGAAUUUCAACUCGUGCCACUAAUUCCGUCUACCUGGGAUGUCCUGCACUGGCUCUUAUGCAAAUUCAUAAGGCGACUGUUAUUGCUGAUAAUUGUCCACACCCAGAAGACGCCCAAUCUCCCAGAAGUAACUGUUAUUUAAAGUACCACAGCAUGUGCUUGGUAGUGUAAAUUUGAUUUCUGCUUUUCAUUUCUUAAAACAACAACAAAAAGCAACAACAAAAGAAGUUGGUGUCAUUCAAGUGGACCACGCACUGCAUUUCUGCCUUCUUAAAACACGUUUUGUUUUGUUACAUCUUACAUUAUGCAGAACUAUUUUUGUACAAAAAUUGUUUAAAAAUUAUUUAUGCAAUGUUUGAAUGCAUUACCAGUGUUUCGGUUUUGAUUGCCAAUUUUUAUCUUUACUUAUGGUAGGCGAGAACUUAACCUAUACUUCGUAGACAGUAUCUAUCUACAAAUGUGCCCAGGUCAGGAAAAGUAGGUUAAUACUUUCAACUUAAAGCAUGUUUUAAUGGAAGUUUAUAUCCUGCUUUGUAUACUUCAGAAGUGACAUAAGCAUGUUGUGGAAAUAAGGUGUAAAUUAUAGUUGAAGUAAAACACUUUUAUCUGUAUAGAAAAUCACCUUUUUCUCAAAGUUUUAAAAGAAAAAAAAAGAAGAAAAAAAAAAACCCAAUUCCAAUUCCAGCUUUUGCACAUAGGAGGGUUUCACUCUGUAGCAUGAGCUCUUGUACUCAAUAUAAAAUUAAUUUAUACAGUGAGUCCAGCCGUAGAAUAAAUGGUCAACUGUAGUCUUUCUUUCUUUGAAGUGUGAGUUGAGUUCUCAUUUAAGGUUUAUAACAUGGUUAUUUCCUGAUUGUAAAACUCUGCAUUCAUAAGUGCCAUUGUUGUAUGGUGUUGUUUUCGUAGACCUUCCUGAUGCCGUUUUAUCUUUGUUGAAUUUGUAUAAACAAUUGUACAAAAACA